CUGGGCUUCCAAAACCCGCCUAAAACCAAAUCAAACCAGCCUCUUCACUCUUCACCCCAUCCCCUUCAACUCACUCACUCAACUCUCCACUCCGUCUUUUCUCCCAUCUCCCAUCAACUUACCUUCGCAGCCGUUCCAACACCAUCUCCCCAAAAUACCCUUUUCAUUUCCAUCUUCCUCUUUUUCUCGUUUACUGGUGUUGUACGUAUCCCCCAUUCAUAACGUCUAUCUUCGAAUCUCCUCCUUUGGCCGUCGGAAAUCGUUCCCCUGCAAUCUCACGAGUAAUCCUGCGCCAGACUCGCUCCACCGCGUCACGAUCCGUUACGAUACCCUCAAAAUCCUGUCCGGCUCGAUCUACCUUGACCAGUUCCCCCAUCGAGGGGCUUGUCCAUAGCAUCAUCGACCUCGCUUCCUAUUGUGUUGUCUGUUUAACGUUGCGAAUCUGGCUCGCCUUAUUGUCGUCAGGCUUCAGGUCGCCACACUAUCUCGACAAAUUGGGGUCGUUAAUAAUCCCUCCCAUAUCAUACCUCCGAAACCCGCCUCGACCAUCCUUCAACAUCAUCAACCGCCAACAUGAGGGAAGUCAAUUUCAGUAUCCCCAAUGUCAAUAAGGCGUCCGUCGGUAUCACUACCGCCCUAUAUGACCGCCGUGCUCUCGACUGCACCUCGACCCUCCCCCUCAUCAACUCCCUCAACCAUCUCGCCUAUCUCACCACAUCCUCUGCUCGCAUCCGGGACAUCCUCACCGUCGAUGGAGGCAUCGAGCGCCUCGUCUGCAUUCUGAAGCAAGGCCGUAGUAAGGACAUGAUGGGAAUGUGGAAGUGGAACCUUGCUUUUCAGUGUGUUGUCAAUAUCGGUGUCCGAGGCACGGAAAACGUCCGCACCAGAGUUGUUGAGGCUGACAUGGUUCCCGUCAUCGCUACCAUCCUCGACAACUAUACAAAAGCUGUUGAUAAAUGCCGCGAGAAGGCAGAGGAGGCCAAACAGAAGCAGAGCUACGACCAUCACCGUCACCGAAGCCAUGAACACCGUUCAACCCCUAAAGCUUCGUCCUCCAACUCAGCAUCGGCCUCUGCCUCUGCAUCAUCCUCAUCUUCCACAACAGUAGGUGCCUCUGCGUUCGGUCAUCGAUCUAGUUCUCGUGUCGAUGCCCCCGAGCAGCGAUCUCGUCGUCACGCCCCACCGCCCUCUAUUGAUGUCUCAGCCUCUUACGCUGGGCCAUCCACCGCUGCUCCUCAGCAGCAAACUCAGCAACAGCCCGCUGAUACUGCUAUGGGCAACUCUCAAUGGUCCCAGUCUUCUUCAGAACGAUCUACGUCUUGGGGUUCAUCUCGUCACCAGCCCCUGAGAGGCCUUGAAAGUCGUCACGCCACGACUUCGGCCCCCCGUCAGGCCAUGCAGCCCCUUGCAACUGCAGUCCCUGCCACCGAGACUCUUGAAGGCUUUGUGAGACCUGUCCGUGAUAUCGACCGCCUUGCGUCAAUGGCACCAUUCGGCUCAGAUCUGAUCUCUCAACCCACAUCACCGACUACACCAUUGCCGCCGCCCCAGAUGCGAUCGCCCACCGUUCGCCCAGCAUCUGCUCUUGGGUCCCAACGAUCUCGUAGGCGCCCAUCGAUCCGCCACCAGAACUCGACUGCCGAUGCCGACGACAUUAAUGGAGACAGCAUGCCAUCAGACGAGUCACCUGAGACCGAGAUGACAGGUACUGAUAACCUGCAGUCAGCUGUUGGUAUCCAGGAUAUCACCAUGGAAGAUGGUGACACUAUGCUGGGUGGUACAGCUCUUGACUUGAACACGCCCACUGUCUCCGAGACCCAUCAGGAGGCCAGUACCUUCAACAUUAAUCACCGUAGCCCCAUGGACGGAAGUAUUGCCAACAACAACACCCCGGCUCCGGUUCCUGCAAUUGGUCUCUCACCUAACCGUCCUACGUUGAACACGCCUCCUCAGCCCCCUCUGGCCGCCACUACCGUCCCUCGAUAUCUCCUCGACCGCAACUUUGUUCCCAAUCCUCAGAUGGUCGCUGCGAUGCCGCGAGAGGAGGAUGUGCUCAUGUCUUUGCAGCUUCUUGCCUAUGUCUCGAAGUACUGCGGUCUUCGCUCCUAUUUCCAGAAGAGCCAUCUCGUUCCUCGCCUCAAGAUUGGCAAGGAGCUCGCUGCCAUUGAUAAGGACAUGUCUGCCAUGGAUGAAGAAGAGGAGGAGCCCGAGGUCUACGAUGAAGACGCCGACGAUGAGGAGUACCUGCUCCCCAACGACUUCAACCUCUUCCCACUGGUCGAGAAGUUCACAGUCCGCUACCACAGCACUGAUAUGCAGUACUGGGCCGGCGUUGUUAUGAGAAAUCUCUGCCGUAAGGAUGACACACGUGGAGGUAUCCGCCAAUGUGCAUACUACCAGUGCGGCAAAUGGGAAGAGUACACUCGCCAGUUUGCCAAGUGUCGUCGAUGCCGACGCACCAAAUACUGCAGCAAAGAGUGCCAGAAGAGCGCAUGGGCUUUCCACCGUCACUGGUGUGUAGCGGCCACACAGUAAGGUCGUUCGUUUGGUGGUGGCUCAGCACAAUGAUUUACACGACAAUCAAUUCGUAACAGCAUCUUCUCGGCGCAUCCUGCGGCAUCAAUGCUUGAUUCAUACGCAUUAUUCUUUCAAGGGUUGCAAAUGCAUUGCACAGCAAAGCGUGUCAUGAGCGCAUGGCGUUUCUUCUCGAUACCACUGGUUCUGCUUUCUUUUUCAUGGGCGUACGGGGUUGGGCAUCAUUAACGGUCGUUGACUUUGGGUGCAUCAUCGCGUGUCAUUGCACAUUCAACGUUUCUUUGUCUCUUAUCUAACACUUCUCUCACCUUGGAGGUUCCCUUUUUCUAAUUAUUUCUUAUUGGUGUGGCUGCAACCGCUCAGGGAUAUAUGUCUCUGAGCUCUGGCGUUUUCGACCGCGAGCGGGCAUUAAGCAGACGACAAUGGUGCUCGUUUAUGUAUAUAGAUACCUUUUGACUGCUGGGGGCUCUCGGAUGGCACCACUUUCGAGGGCAUGGACAUCUGGAUAUGACUUGACGACGGAGAAUGACGGAGGAGGCGAUGGAGAUUCGCAAAAAGACGACACGGGCAGAGUCGGCUGCAAAAUUGAUUCAGUGGAUACUGAUUUGCAUGUUCAACAGGGUUGGAUGCGCAGCCUGCUUGGUGAUUGAGCCCAUAAAAGGGUAUCAUCUUGGAGGCUAUCGGGACUGCUCAGACUUGAUAUGCAGUCGAGAUCAGAAUCUGCUAUAUAUUCCUUUGGGUAUAGAUGAAAUGACCAAAAAUUCAAAAAAACCUGGCUCCUGGAGUGAUUGACCAUGAUGAAACGGAUUAAUUCGAACACUUUGUAGACGCCACGUAAAUAUUUUGUAGGU